AUGGGGCUAAGAGUUGCCAGCCUUUUUAUGCUCUGGCUGGCUCUUUCCUAUGCGAAUGAAAUAAGAAAAGGAAGGACAAGAAACCAUGGCCAUUAUGUCUGCAGCACUUGGGGAAACAACCAUUUCAAAACUUUUGAUGGAGACUUCUAUCAGUUCCCUGGCAUUUGCGAAUAUAAUUUUGUUUCUGACUGCCAAGAGUCUUACAAGGAAUUCUCUGUCCACAUUCAGCGUGCUCUGAACAGCAAUAACCACCCUGAGAUCCAGUAUAUUCUCAUAACAAUCAAGGACUUUACGGUGUACCUCAGACCAAAACUGGCUGUGGUGGAUGGGCAAAUUGUGAAGACACCUUACUACAGCUCUGGUGUGCUUAUUGAGAGCAAUGACAUUUACACCAAGGUUUUUGCCAAAUUAGGCCUGGUUCUGAUAUGGAAUCAUGAAGAUGCACUGAUGGUGGAGCUGGACAGCAAAUUUAAUAACCAUACAUGUGGUCUCUGUGGGGAUUACAAUGGAGUUCCAAUCUACAAUGAAUUUAUCAAUGGAGAUAUAAGCUACAAUUCAAUUACUUAUGGGAAUUUACAGAAGAUCAGCAAACCCAAUGCCAAAUGUGAAGACCCUGAUGAAACUCAGGCUCUUCCAAGCUGUAAUGGGCAUCGUGAUGAGUGUGAGAGGUUGCUGACUUCCUCUGCAUUUGUUGAUUGUCGGUUACGUCUUAAUGUGGAAACAUACAUCCAAGCCUGCAUGCAGGACAAGUGUGCAUGUAAUGGAAAUGAGGACUCCUUCUGCCUCUGCAGCACCAUCUCUGAGUAUUCUCGCCAGUGUUCACAUGUGGGUGGCCGGCCGGGUGAAUGGAGGACACAAAACUUUUGCCCCAAGACCUGUCCUGAUACCAUGAUCUAUAGAGAAAGCAGCUCACCCUGCAUGGAUACUUGUGCACACUUGGAGGUCAGCAGCCUUUGUGAGGAACACUACAUGGAUGGUUGUUUCUGCCCUGAAGGAACCGUGUAUGAUGAUAUUACUGAAAAAGGUUGCAUACCUGUUAGCCAGUGCCACUGCAAACUCCAUGGAAAGGUUUAUUCACCUGGAGAAAACAUUACCAAUGAAUGUGAAGAAUGCACCUGUGAUUCAGGCAGAUGGACGUGCAAAGAUCUGCCCUGUCCAGGCACAUGUUCAGUGGAAGGAGGUUCCCAUAUUACCACCUUUGAUGGGAAGAAAUACACCUUUCACGGAGACUGUUACUAUGUGUUGGCCAAGGGUACUGUUAAUGACAGUCAUGCUCUCCUGGCAGAGUUGACUCCCUGUGGCUCCACAGACAGGCAGACCUGUUUGAAGACUGUUGUGCUGUUAGUAGAUCACAAGAAAAAUGUGGUGGUUUUCAGAUCAGAUGGCAGUGUGUUACUGAAUGAGAUGACAGUGAACGUGCCUCAUGUGUCAGCCAGCUUCUCAGUAUUCAAGCCAUCUUCCUACUACUUCGUUGUACAAACUUCUUUUGGACUUCAGCUGCAGAUCCAGUUGUUCCCAAUCAUGCAGCUGUUUGUGACUGUUGAUCAGUCAGUUCAAGGAAAACUUCAAGGUCUUUGUGGAAACUUUAAUGGAAUGGAAGGUGAUGAUUUUAAAACAAACCUUGGGCUGAUAGAAGCUACAGGAUCUGCCUUUGCUAACACAUGGAAAGCUCAGUCCACCUGUACAGACCAGCUAGAAAAGCUGGAAGACCCCUGCAGUCUUAGCAUUGAAAGUGCAAAUUAUGCUGAGCAUUGGUGUUCUUUGCUUAAAAACUCUGCUGGUCCUUUUGCAAGAUGUCACGCAAUUAUUGAUCCUUCAGAAUACUAUAAGAAAUGUAAAUAUGACACCUGCCUCUGUGAAGACAAUGAAGAAUGCUUGUGUGCUGCCCUGUCCUCUUACUCGAGAGCCUGUGCUUUCAAAGGGAUCAUACUGGGAGGCUGGAGAAAAAGUGUCUGCAGUAAUGAAGAGUCUGCUUGCCCAGGAAAUCAAAUCUUCCUUUACAAUCUUACAAUGUGCCAGCAAACCUGUCGUUCCCUUGCUGAUGGUGAAAAGCAUUGCCUGCAAGACUUUGCUCCUGUGGAUGGCUGUGGCUGCCCAUAUAAUACAUACUUGGAUAACCAGGAUACCUGUGUGUCCAUCUCCAAGUGCCCAUGUUAUUACAAGGGAUCAUACCUGGAACCGGGGGAAUACGUCGCAAAAGAUGGAGAACGUUGUGUUUGCAGAAAUGCAAAGGUCCAGUGUACUUCAGUGACAAUAAGAAUGAAAAGUACAACAGAAUGUUCUUCUAACAAGACCUACUUUGACUGCAACACAUCCCCAGAGUGGACUUCCCAAACACCUGUACAACUUAGCUGUCAUACUCCUAGAACUGAUCAUUUCCAAGCCGAGUGUGUCUCAGGUUGUGUGUGUCCUGAAGGUCUAUUUGAUGAUGGGAAAGGGGGCUGUGUUGAGGAGAAGGAUUGCCCAUGCAUUCAUAACAACCAGUGGUAUUCUCCUGGACAGAAGAUAACAGUGGACUGCAACACCUGUACCUGCCAAAAAGGGGUUUGGAGCUGCACUGAAGAUUUGUGCUAUGGGACUUGUAUGAUAUAUGGAAGUGGCCAUUAUAUCACCUUUGAUGGAAAAUUCUAUGACUUUGAUGGGAGUUGUGAAUAUGUGGCUACUCAGGAUUUUUGUGGUGACAAAAAUUCCAGCGGCUCGUUCAGUAUCAUCACAGAGAAUGUCCCUUGUGGAACUACAGGAGUCACCUGCUCAAAGGCUAUUAAAAUGUUUCUAGGGAAAACUGAACUGAAAUUGGAAAACAAAGAUUAUAAAGAAAUUCAGCGAGAUGUUGGUGAUGACGUGCAUUAUUGGAACAGGACAGUAGGCCUCUACCUUGUUAUUGAGGCUAGCAAUGGUGUGAUGCUUAUCUGGGAUAAGAAGACUACUGUUUUCAUCAAGCUGACCCCUGAUUACAAGGGCAAAGUGUGUGGUCUGUGUGGUAACUUUGAUGACAAGUCUAACAAUGACUUUACAACAAGGAAUGGGCUGCAGGAGACUGAUGCUCUGAAGUUUGGGAAUUCCUGGAAACAGUCCUCCAUGUGCCCAGAUGUCACACAAGAGAUUAAGCCCUGUGAUGUGAAACCACAUCGGAAGUCCUGGGCAGAGAAAGAAUGCAGCAUCAUCCGGAGUGAAGUCUUUAAAAUUUGCCACUCCAAGGUGGACCCAAUUCCUUUCUAUGAAGCUUGUGUUCAUGAUGCCUGCUCUUGUGACAGCGGUGGGGAUUGUGAGUGCUUCUGUUCUGCAGUUGCUGCGUAUGCUCAAGAAUGUACCAAGGCUCAGGCUUGUGUUUUCUGGAGAACUCCUGAUAUAUGCCCGAUAUUUUGUGACUACUACAACCCUCGUAAUGAGUGUGACUGGCACUAUGAGCCUUGUGGCAGUAAUGUCACAACCUGCAGGAUGAUUAAUAAUGUCAUCACCAACUUUUCAGUACCAUACCUGGAAGGUUGCUACCCCAGAUGCCCUAAGGACAAGCCUAUUUAUAAUGAAGAGACAAAGGAAUGUGUGCCUGAAGAUCAAUGUUGGUGUUACAUCAAUGGAAUUCCUGUUCUUCCUGGGGAUGAAAUACCCACAGAAGAGAACUGUACAAAAUGUGUCUGUGGCCCCUCAGGAUCCAUACAGUGCACACCAAUCCCAGGGUGUCCUUGUCUCAUCAACGGAACAAGUUUUGAAGUGAAUGAGGUUGUGGCACAAAUACAGGAUGGCGACAUGUGUAUAAUAUACAUUUGCGCAGAAAAUGGUUCUAUAGUUGUUGGAAGUACUUUUCCUUGCCCAAUAUCUACUUCACCUACAACUAUUUCAACUUCCAUUCCUACCAGUACUCUCACCACCACAGUUACCACUACAAGUCCUCCAGUAACUACAACUCCAUGCUUUGGAUUAAUAUGUGAUUGGACGGAGUGGUUUGAUGUUAGUAAACCUCACGAAGGUGGUGGUGACUAUGAAACCUAUGAUGAAAUAAGAAAACAUGGAAACAAAAUAUGUGAAGCUCCUGAAAAAAUUGAAUGCAGGGCUAAAGAAAAACCGGAUAUGAGCUUAGAGGAACUUGGCCAGAAAGUAGAGUGUAAUGUUACAUAUGGACUAAUUUGUAAAAAUGAGGAGCAAGAUGCAACUAUGUGGCAACUUUGUUAUAAUUAUGAAAUCAGGGUAAACUGUUGUGAGUGGAGUGAAAUUUCUUGUGGAACUACAAGUACACCAAGUCCAACACCAACUGCAAGUUCAACCACCAUCAGCACAACAGUACGCAUCACCACUACCGGCAGGCAAUCAACAACGAUUACCACCACGCUCAUACCCACUCCAACCAUCACAAGCGAAUUCACGCCAUCAGUCACAUCCUCCCCACCUGUAUCGACAACUGCUCCCACGCCAACGCCGUCGGAGUCUCCCACCAGCACCACCACCACCAGCACAACCCCGGGGACAACGACGACUGUUCCUAGCACACCGGCACCCACCUCAACUACUACAAGCACAUCCAUGCCCACGCCAACAUACACCACCUCCCUACCACCUCCGACCACAACACCUAUAGGCCCAACUCCAUCCUCCCCACCUGUAUCGACAACUGCUCCCACGCCAACGCCGUCGGAGUCUCCCACCAGCACCACCACCACCAGCACAACCCCGGGGACAACGACGACUGUUCCUAGCACACCGGCACCCACCUCGACUACUACAAGCACAUCCAUGCCCACGCCAACAUACACCACCUCCCUACCACCUCCGACCACAACACCUAUAGGCCCAACUCCAUCCUCCCCACCUGUAUCGACAACUGCUCCCACGCCAACGCCGUCGGAGUCUCCCACCAGCACCACCACCACCAGCACAACCCCAGGGACAACGACGACUGUUCCUAGCACACCGGCACCCACCUCGACUACUACAAGCACAUCCAUGCCCACGCCAACAUACACCACCUCCCUACCACCUCCGACCACAACACCUAUAGGCCCAACUCCAUCCUCCCCACCUGUAUCGACAACUGCUCCCACGCCAACGCCGUCGGAGUCUCCCACCAGCACCACCACCACCAUCACAACCCCGGGGACAACGACGACUGUUCCUAGCACACCAGCACCCACCUCGACUACUACAAGCACAUCCAUGCCCACGCCAACAUACACCACCUCCCUACCACCUCCGACCACAACACCUAUAGUCUCUGUUCUGACUAUUUUUACUUGUUCUUCUUGCUGUUGUCCUCCAGAGUGUGAGUGCAUCUGGACAGACUGGAUUGAUGUGAGUUACCCAGAUAGUUCUGACAGAAACAGUGGUGACUACGAAACCUUUGAGAAUAUUCAGAAGAACGACCCCUCCUGGGACUGUGUGAAAGUUGAGAAUAUUUCAUGCAGAGCAGAGAAAUUCCCUGACAUUCCCAUUGCAGAUUUAGGGCAAAAGGUCGAAUGCAAUGUUAACACAGGGCUCACCUGUAACAAUAGUGAUCAGCCCAUAGGAGGUAUAAUACCGAUGCCAGUCUGCCUCAAUUAUGAGAUCAGUGUCUGCUGCACCCCCAACUUUCCAGAGUGCAUUAGCACUGCUACUACUACGAGCACCACAACUGCCCCACCUUCGUCCACCACGAGCACAGUGUCCUCUCCACCUGUAUCGACAACUGUUCCUAUGCCAACGCCGUCGGAGUCUCCCACCAGCACCGCCACCACUACGUUGCCCCCCAGCACCGCCACCAGCACAACCCCGGGGACAACGACGACUGUUCCUAGCACACCGGCACCCACCUCGACUACUACAAGCACAUCCAUGCCCACGCCAACAUACACCACCUCCCUACCACCUCCGACCACAACACCUAUAGGCCCAACUCCAUCCUCCCCACCUGUAUCGACAACUGCUCCCACGCCAAUGCCAUCGGAGUCUCCCACCAGCACCACCACCACCAGCACAACUCCGGGGACAACGACGACUGUUCCUAGCACACCGGCACCCACCUCGACUACUGCAAGCACGCCCUCAACAGUAAUAAUAAUCACCAAAACCCCGCCAGUUCCAACUUCACAACCAAUAAAGUAUCCAACACCAGAAACAGGAAUACCAACAGAAACAAGUAUUACAGUUACUCCUUCAUCUACUCCACUACCAACAAGAAGAACAACAGAAAUAGAAAGUACAGCAUCUUCCAUAGGCACCACAAUUCAAAAGUCAACAGCACCUGUAUCAACAAGCCCAGGGACAGCCACCACCUCUGGAGUCACUGAAACAGGAUCGACCACCAAAGCCACCACUUCGGGCCCCACGACCACAGGACUCCCUCCCCACAGCACCACAAUAGUAACACAAACCCAUAGCCCCGAGACCACUACCACUGGAACUGGGAGCCUUCCAACAGGAUCACCUACCACCACCGUCAGCACCACAACCUCACGACCCUCCUCCCCAGAGCCUACGGCCAGCACUACUGUAUCGCCACCGUCAGUACCCACAAGCCCAGGGACAGCCACCACCUCUGGAGUCACUGAAACAGGAUCGACCACCGAAGCCACCACUUCGGGCCCCACGACCACAGGACUCCCUCCCCACAGCACCACAAUAGUAACACAAACCCAUAGCCCCGAGACCACUACCACUGGAACUGGGAGCCUUCCAACAGGAUCACCUACCACCACCGUCAGCACCACAACCUCACGACCCUCCUCCCCAGAGCCUACGGCCAGCACUACUGUAUCGCCACCGUCAGUACCCACAAGCCCAGGGACAGCCACCACCUCUGGAGUCACUGAAACAGGAUCGACCACCGAAGCCACCACUUCGGGCCCCACGACCACAGGACUCCCUCCCCACAGCACCACAAUAGUAACACAAACCCAUAGCCCCGAGACCACUACCACUGGAACUGGGAGCCUUCCAACAGGAUCACCUACCACCACCGUCAGCACCACAACCUCACGACCCUCCUCCCCAGAGCCUACGGCCAGCACUACUGUAUCGCCACCGUCAGUACCCACAAGCCCAGGGACAGCCACCACCUCUGGAGUCACUGAAACAGGAUCGACCACCAAAGCCACCACUUCGGGCCCCACGACCACAGGACUCCCUCCCCACAGCACCACAAUAGUAACACAAACCCAUAGCCCCGAGACCACUACCACUGGAACUGGGAGCCUUCCAACAGGAUCACCUACCACCACCGUCAGCACCACAACCUCACGACCCUCCUCCCCAGAGCCUACGGCCAGCACUACUGUAUCGCCACCGUCAGUACCCACAAGCCCAGGGACAGCCACCACCUCUGGAGUCACUGAAACAGGAUCGACCACCGAAGCCACCACUUCGGGCCCCACGACCACAGGACUCCCUCCCCACAGCACCACAAUAGUAACACAAACCCAUAGCCCCGAGACCACUACCACUGGAACUGGGAGCCUUCCAACAGGAUCACCUACCACCACCGUCAGCACCACAACCUCACGACCCUCCUCCCCAGAGCCUACGGCCAGCACUACUGUAUCGCCACCGUCAGUACCCACAAGCCCAGGGACAGCCACCACCUCUGGAGUCACUGAAACAGGAUCGACCACCGAAGCCACCACUUCGGGCCCCACGACCACAGGACUCCCUCCCCACAGCACCACAAUAGUAACACAAACCCAUAGCCCCGAGACCACUACCACUGGAACUGGGAGCCUUCCAACAGGAUCACCUACCACCACCGUCAGCACCACAACCUCACGACCCUCCUCCCCAGAGCCUACGGCCAGCACUACUGUAUCGCCACCGUCAGUACCCACAAGCCCAGGGACAGCCACCACCUCUGGAGUCACUGAAACAGGAUCGACCACCAAAGCCACCACUUCGGGCCCCACGACCACAGGACUCCCUCCCCACAGCACCACAAUAGUAACACAAACCCAUAGCCCCGAGACCACUACCACUGGAACUGGGAGCCUUCCAACAGGAUCACCUACCACCACCGUCAGCACCACAACCUCACGACCCUCCUCCCCAGAGCCUACGGCCAGCACUACUGUAUCGCCACCGUCAGUACCCACAAGCCCAGGGACAGCCACCACCUCUGGAGUCACUGAAACAGGAUCGACCACCGAAGCCACCACUUCGGGCCCCACGACCACAGGACUCCCUCCCCACAGCACCACAAUAGUAACACAAACCCAUAGCCCCGAGACCACUACCACUGGAACUGGGAGCCUUCCAACAGGAUCACCUACCACCACCGUCAGCACCACAACCUCACGACCCUCCUCCCCAGAGCCUACGGCCAGCACUACUGUAUCGCCACCGUCAGUACCCACAAGCCCAGGGACAGCCACCACCUCUGGAGUCACUGAAACAGGAUCGACCACCGAAGCCACCACUUCGGGCCCCACGACCACAGGACUCCCUCCCCACAGCACCACAAUAGUAACACAAACCCAUAGCCCCGAGACCACUACCACUGGAACUGGGAGCCUUCCAACAGGAUCACCUACCACCACCGUCAGCACCACAACCUCACGACCCUCCUCCCCAGAGCCUACGGCCAGCACUACUGUAUCGCCACCGUCAGUACCCACAAGCCCAGGGACAGCCACCACCUCUGGAGUCACUGAAACAGGAUCGACCACCGAAGCCACCACUUCGGGCCCCACGACCACAGGACUCCCUCCCCACAGCACCACAAUAGUAACACAAACCCAUAGCCCCGAGACCACUACCACUGGAACUGGGAGCCUUCCAACAGGAUCACCUACCACCACCGUCAGCACCACAACCUCACGACCCUCCUCCCCAGAGCCUACGGCCAGCACUACUGUAUCGCCACCGUCAGUACCCACAAGCCCAGGGACAGCCACCACCUCUGGAGUCACUGAAACAGGAUCGACCACCAAAGCCACCACUUCGGGCCCCACGACCACAGGACUCCCUCCCCACAGCACCACAAUAGUAACACAAACCCAUAGCCCCGAGACCACUACCACUGGAACUGGGAGCCUUCCAACAGGAUCACCUACCACCACCGUCAGCACCACAACCUCACGACCCUCCUCCCCAGAGCCUACGGCCAGCACUACUGUAUCGCCACCGUCAGUACCCACAAGCCCAGGGACAGCCACCACCUCUGGAGUCACUGAAACAGGAUCGACCACCGAAGCCACCACUUCGGGCCCCACGACCACAGGACUCCCUCCCCACAGCACCACAAUAGUAACACAAACCCAUAGCCCCGAGACCACUACCACUGGAACUGGGAGCCUUCCAACAGGAUCACCUACCACCACCGUCAGCACCACAACCUCACGACCCUCCUCCCCAGAGCCUACGGCCAGCACUACUGUAUCGCCACCGUCAGUACCCACAAGCCCAGGGACAGCCACCACCUCUGGAGUCACUGAAACAGGAUCGACCACCGAAGCCACCACUUCGGGCCCCACGACCACAGGACUCCCUCCCCACAGCACCACAAUAGUAACACAAACCCAUAGCCCCGAGACCACUACCACUGGAACUGGGAGCCUUCCAACAGGAUCACCUACCACCACCGUCAGCACCACAACCUCACGACCCUCCUCCCCAGAGCCUACGGCCAGCACUACUGUAUCGCCACCGUCAGUACCCACAAGCCCAGGGACAGCCACCACCUCUGGAGUCACUGAAACAGGAUCGACCACCGAAGCCACCACUUCGGGCCCCACGACCACAGGACUCCCUCCCCACAGCACCACAAUAGUAACACAAACCCAUAGCCCCGAGACCACUACCACUGGAACUGGGAGCCUUCCAACAGGAUCACCUACCACCACCGUCAGCACCACAACCUCACGACCCUCCUCCCCAGAGCCUACGGCCAGCACUACUGUAUCGCCACCGUCAGUACCCACAAGCCCAGGGACAGCCACCACCUCUGGUACAACUGCAACAGAAUCUUUUACCACCACUUCAGGAACAACCUCUAGUAAUUUUACCACAAUCACGGCAACCACCACCACCACUAUCACCUCCGAAUUUGUUUCCUCUGGCUCAGCUAGUACUUCUGGGCCAACUGCAACAUCAAGUUCCAUCACUACUGAAGGAAGUUCCACGUACAGUACAGUUACUCCACUCAGUACUUCUAGUUCAACUACAAGUCCACCACCAACCACUCCUGGAAGAAAUUGUUCUAUUUUUCCUAAUGAAUCUUAUGCACCAGGUGAGUCAUGGUGGCUCUGUAACUGCACUAAGGUAAUAUGUAUAGAAGACAAUAUAGUCCAGGUGAUUCCUGUAAUCUGUGAUCCACCUCCUAAACCAACAUGUGCCAAUGGGCUUUCUCCUGUGCAAGUCAUUGAUGAGGAUGGAUGCUGUUGGCACUGGGAGUGUGAUUGCUACUGCACUGGCUGGGGAGACCCACAUUACAUGACUUUUGAUGGACUGUACUACAGCUAUCAAGGGAAUUGCACAUAUGUCCUUGUGGAAGAGAUUAAUAAGACAGUUGACAACUUUGGUGUCUACAUUGAUAACUACCAUUGUGAUACACGGGAUGUAGUCUCCUGUCCUCGAACGCUCAUUGUGAGACACGAAACUCAGGAAGUGCGCAUAGCAACAGUCAAACCAAAUACUCUACAAGUAGAGGUGACAGUAAACAAACAGGCAGUGGCUCUACCUUAUAAAAAAUUUGGGUUGAGCAUCUAUGAGUCAGGCAUAAAUCGUGUAGUGGAAAUUCCUGAACUAAAAAUGAAUGUGACCUACAAUGGCUUGUCCUUUUCUAUCAGAAUGCCCUACAGCCUGUUUGGUAACAACACUCAUGGACAGUGUGGUACUUGCAAUAACAACACGGCAGAUGACUGCAUGUUGCCAAAUGGAAACAUUGCAGAAAACUGUGAAACCAUGGCAGAUCAUUGGCAAGUUGUUGAUCCUUCCAAACCACAGUGCUCUCCAGGCCUAAGUCCUACAAAAGCACCUAGCACAAUCCCAAUGCAGCCUUGCAAAGAAUCUUCGAUCUGCGAGCUUCUUUUGGGAAGUGUGUUUGAGCCUUGUCAUGGCUUUGUCCGUCCUGAAAAGUACUAUGCAGCCUGCAUUUUUGACAGUUGUGUACUUCCCAACUUAGACCUGGAAUGCUCAAGUCUGCAGAUCUAUGCUGCCACCUGUGCUGAUCAAAGUGUAUGCAUUGACUGGAGAAGUCAUACCAAUGGUGUUUGCUCUUAUAACUGCCCCUCAGAUAAAGAAUACAGAGCAUGUGGUCCUAUUAAAGAGAUGACCUGCACAUCAAGUCAACAAAAUGAAACUUCAACUCAACAAGUUGAAGGCUGUUUCUGUCCUAAUGGAACAAUGCUGUAUGACUCCGGUGUGGAUGUCUGUGUGAAAACCUGUGGCUGUGUUGGAGUGGAUAAGAUACCAAGAGAGUUUGGGGAAAAGUUUAUAGUAGACUGUCAGGACUGUAUUUGCCUGGAAGGUGGAAAUGGCAUUGUAUGUAAGCCUCAUGAAUGUGCCAAACAAAAUAAGACCAGUUGUGAUGGAGAAGGCUUCUAUGCAGUCAAUGAAGUCAAUUCUGAAGACUCCUGCUGCCCCAUUGUCACCUGCAAAUGCAAUACAAGCUUGUGCACAACUAAAGCCCCCAAGUGUAAACUGGGAUUUGAAGUUCAUUCUCAUAUUCCCAGUGGUCAGUGUUGUCCUGUGUACCAGUGUGUUCCCAAGAGAGUUUGUGUACAUCAGAAUGCCGAGUUCUUGCCUAAUUCCUCAGUCUUUGUUGAUAAGUGUCAGAAUUGUUUCUGCACUAACGAAGUUAAUGUCAGCACUCAACUGAAUAUCAUCUCAUGUGAACAUGUUCCAUGCAACACAUAUUGUCAACCAGGAUAUGAACAUCAACCAGUGAAAGGUGAAUGUUGUGGAAAAUGUGUGCAGACUAAGUGUGUUAUACAUACAGCAAACACUUCUGACCUCAUCUUAAGUCCUGGAGAGUUUAAAAAUGAUCCUUACAACAACUGCACCAUUUAUAGCUGUGUAAAUAUCCACAACCAGCUUAUCUCUUCCACAUCUGAGAUUACCUGUCCAGCAUUCAAUGAGGACAGCUGCAAACCUGGAACUAUUACAUUCUUACCUAAUGGUUGUUGCAGAACCUGUGCACCUCUGGAUAGUCCCACGCCAUGCUCUGUCCGUCAAAGAAAAGACUUUAUCGUCUAUAAGGGUUGCCGUUCUGUAGACAGAGUUGUCAUGACUGAAUGUGAAGGAACAUGUGGAACCUUCUCGCUAUACUCUGCUGAGGCCAAUUCUAUGGAGCACAGCUGUUCCUGCUGCAGGGAAUCAAGCACUAGCGUGAGGGAAGUGGAGCUGAAAUGCCCCACUGGGCAUUCGAUUUCACAUAAGUAUGUAUACGUGGAAAGUUGCAGCUGUCAAGACACUGAAUGUAGCAGCUCACAAUCCAGUGAGUUGCAGAACACAGAAGAAAAUGACAGGGUGAGCACUCUGAACCGUAUCAAGAGGGCCAUCAGCUUAACAUCAAAAUGAAGGGGAAAAAACCUAGCAGCAUUCAACUAAAAGGACUAUGCACCAUUCUCAUCUUCCUUGACUAUUUUUGAACUUUGCUCUUCCUUGUUACUGUAUCCUGUUUGUUCUCUGAUUAUUGUUAACAGUGU